AUGGUUUCCAAGAACUACUUGGUGUUGAUAGCUGUUGAUUUAUUCGUCAUUUGUCAAAGUAAUGUGACAGUCAACAUUGCCCACAAUAAGGCUACGAUGAUGAGCAGCAUUUGUUUUUGGUUUGGUGAAGUAUUUAAAUCGAGUGUCACCAUUGAUGGUAACUUGGGAAGUAAUUGGAUGCAAGAUGGUUGUGGCUGCAUCGUGGUAGGUGACACGAAAGCUUGGUGGAUGGUCGACUUACAAGGAACGUUUGUUGUUCACAGCGUCAACAUAACCAACAGUAAUCAAAGCCAGAAAAAUCUUCACAGUUUUGUCAUUGAAAUCUUUUCACAAAACCCUGAAGGAUGUUCUGGCGCCGGUUCUGUCGUUUGUGUUAAUUACACCGGAGUGGUGCUGACAACAGACACAACUUCGUUUACAUGCGAUCAACCAACCAGAGGCCGAUUCGUCCGCAUAAGAAAAUGGAACGUGAAGGACGUUUCUGAUCCACUGACCUUGUGUGAAGUUCAAAUAUAUGGCACUGAAGAAAAUGGAUGCGGUAUUCCACAACAUUUCUGGCGUACAUCAGGGGCGCGUCUGUUAAGUCAACACUCUGAGCUGAUAAAUCACACGUCGUUGAUGGAAUGUUCGGUGAAAUGUGACAGGCAAACCAGCUGUUUGGCUUUCAAUGUCAACGUCAACAGUCACCAGUGUGAACUCAUCUCUAAUGGAGGUUUUGAAAACAUCAAGGAUAUCAAUCCAGACUGGAAUUAUUAUGGCUCGGAUUUCUGCUAG